AUCGCAACCACACACGUGAGUCCACCCGCUUCGUGCAAGCGACACCUCUCCCCACUCUCCCCCAUCCACCCUACCACCACCGCAAUGCAACCGCGCGCGUCCUCGCGCCGCGAGACGCCGCGCGCGCCGCGCCGCGCGCCACGCCACCCACCACGCCAUUGCAACGCGCGCGCCACGCACCACCACACCGUCGCACCCGCUCACCGCCGCGCCCCCACCGCAGACACACUCCACCAUGGCCAAGCUCGCGCUCCUCCUCCUCGCUCCCGCCGCGGCGCUCGUGCCGUCGAAGACCGCCUCGUCCUCCACCCGCCUCGCGGGCGCGACGCUCAAGGACCCCAAGUCGUCCGAAUUCGCCUACGGCCUGCCCGGCAACAAGAUCCCCGGCAACGAGCUCAGCUCCUUCGACUUCGACCCCCUGGGCUUCGCGGAGCGCGCGUCGCCGGCGGACAUGGUCAAGUACCGCGAGGCCGAGCUCAAGCACGGCCGCGUGGCCAUGCUCGCCAUCACGGGCAUGCUCUUCGCCGAGGUCUGGCACCCCAUGCUCGCGGCGACGACGAACGUGCCCGCCAUCUACGGCUUCCAGGCCACGCUCCAGCAGUCGGUCAUCCUCGCGCCGGUCCUCGCGGGCAUCGCGGCCGUCGAGACCGCGUCGUUCCCGGGCUGGGAGCCCACGGACUUCAAGAUGAAGGAGGGCGCCGUGCCCGGCUCCUACGCCAACGUCGAGGGCGCGUCGCCCUGGACCAAGGACAAGCUCUCGCCCGAGGAGUACGAGCGCAAGGAGGUCGUCGAGCUCAACAACGGCCGCCUCGCGAUGCUCGCAUGCGUCGGCCUCUGGGCCCAGGAGCUCAUCCAGCAGCAGCCCGUCAUGUACACGCUCCUCGAGAAGCUCGGCGCCGAGCAGCCCGAGAUCAUCACCCUCGUCAACACGGGCAGCUUCUAGGCCGCGCGCGAAAAUUGAACCCCGCCCCCCCCGCCUGUCGUAAACCUCCUGUCCACUCUUGACGGGGCGGCGCGGCGCGACCGGGCUCGCGCGAAAAUUGAACCCCGCCCCCCCGUCUGU